AUGGUCAACGUCAUCUCCAUCUUCACCGUCGCAGUCGCCGCCGUGGCUUCCGUUGCCUCGGGCGCUUCCAUGCGCUCCGAGGCUGCCCACAUGCCCACCGGGUCGUGGCCUGCCAGCAAGGGAACGGUCUACCUGAAGGAGCCGUACACGGUCAAGAAGGGCCAGACAUUCGACGGUGGCAUGAAGACGUACGCGCGCUCGAACGUCAAGUGCGGCGGCCAGAAGGAGAGCGGGUGGCAGACGGCCGUGUUCAUGGUGGAGCCUGGUGCCACGCUCAAGAACGUGAUCAUCGGCAAGGACCAAAUGGAGGGCGUGCACUGCGAGCAGAACGGCUGCACGAUCCAGAACGUGUGGUGGGAGGACGUGUGCGAGGACGCGCUGAGCAUCAAGGGCGGCUCGGCCAGCAGCGUGACCAAGGUGAUCGGCGGUGGCGCGCGCUCGGCCGACGACAAGGUCAUCCAGCACAACGGCCUGGGCACGGUCUCCAUCGAAGGCUUCUACGCGCAGGACCUCGGCAAGCUCUACCGCUCGUGCGGCACGUGCGGCGACAAGUCUCGCAAGGUGAGCCCAACGAACGUGCUGGCCGUGAACGGCAAGGUGAGCCUCGUGACGGUGAACAAGAACUGGGGCGACCAGGCCACGCUCCAGAACAUCAAGAUCAAGGGCAAGAAGGUGGACGUGUGCCAGUGGUCGCAGGGCUCCACUUCGGGCGAGCCCAAGAAACUGGGCGCCGGUCCGUCGGGGUCGCUCUGCCAGUACUCCACCAGCACCAUCUCUUACGCGUAA